AUGUUGGGCAUCGGUGACAGGUCGGCAAACACGCCUGCCGCCCAGCAAUGCUCCGUGCCGCGCAAGUGCCGGGGUCACACCGUGCCGCGCACAACCUGCCGCUCGGCGGACACUGAGCGCAGACCAAAGGCUUCGGCGCCCCAGCGGCGGCGCUCCGGCACGUUCGUGAUAGCAGGCAAAAGCGCACAGCCCCGUUAUCUGGAUACGAGCAUCCUUGGGAGCGUGCGCCUACAGAUAAAGCUGGCUGGAACAAACGUUUUAGUUGGUCCUGUCACAAGAACACCAACAUACGGGUGGAAGCUUGACACCAUUCAAGCUUUGUGCCAGGUGGUGAGCGUUGACGAUGGCUCUUACUCGCAGAUUGUCCAGCAGAGGUUGAGCAACGGCGGUGUGAAGAUUCCCUUUAAGUACUACCUGACCUUCCAGGGAAAUGUUGGAAUUGCUGGACAGAAUCUGAGAAUGAAUGUGAGCUCUCAAUCUGUUGAUGGAGUCUGGGCAACUUUCCAGCAAGCGUUGACUGGAGCUACUUCUUAUACCGCAAAUGGCUACGAUUCCCAGCUCAGGACCAGCACCUACUUCACGAGGUGUGCCACCAACAUGUCUGACUCGGUCUUCUCCGUAAAUGGAGUCGGGUUCCCGAGCAUUCCCCUCACUCCCAACCAAAUUUGGAAUGAAAACAUGCACAACAUGGGACUUUCUUGCGACAUGGUUGGACAGCUAGACAAGUCGUUUGUGUAUGCACCAGGUGGUACCAUCACGCCUGGUGUGAAUGCUAUCCAAAGCAACGCCUUCUUCCACUACUUCAAGUUUAAUGUGGACAAUGACGAAGGCACUUCCAGGCUCAGCUCUGGGUUGGAUACCAGAGGGUCGGCCUCGACACUCACGUGGACGACGACUGGAAACUCAGGUUCACUUCUGCCGGUCUGCUUUGUUGAGUGCACUGGUAUCAUGGAGGUGGGUCCCAACCGCCAAGUGUCCGUGGUCUGCGAUGAUGAUUCUCAAGAUUACUAUCGGCGUAAAGAAAAGAAACGAUUGAAAAAGAAAGUCGAUAAAAAGGUCGACAAGAAGGUUGCAAAAAAGCUCGCUGAACUCGCAGCUGCUCGACCAACACAACGAGACCUGAUGCAGGUUGCUGCUCGUGACGAGAUUAACUCGAAGGUUUCGAAGGCGAUGAAGGAGAUGGCGAUGCGCUCGGUGUUUCCUGAGUAA